CGGCUUGCAAAAGGAGGUCUUCCAAGAACGGUGACAGGAUGGAUCAACGAAUGACCAACGGCAGACAGGCAAGCAUGACAGCAGGAGCGAGCAAUCGGCAACGCACUGCGGGGUCUGUGGCCAAGCAAGUGUACGACCCCAUGUUGUAUGCUCACCUGCCUUCGCAUGAGAUUCCUCUGCCGACGUCGGAUGACGAAGGGGAAGACGUCAGGUCGCCGACUGUGCCGUUGGGAAGUGGUUCCACGCAGGAUUGGGCCGCGACGCAGUCCUACGGUGGCAGGCGGGCGGAGACCCCAUGGUCUUACACGUCAGUGACGUCUAUGCUGAACGAGGGGCUGUGCGACAACGAUGGCAAUGCAGUGGUCGAUCUGAGCUUUCAGUUGUCGAGCAGCAGUGGAGCAGCGGCGACACAUACUCGCAUCAUCAAUCCCCACACAUAUAGGGAUUGCGCGGAGCAGACGAUGGUUGGUCCCUGCGGGCCGCGAGACGUCGGGCUACUUCAAACGCUUCGCGAGGGCGGGCGGAAUCGAUAUGCGAUCAUCACCUGCGUCGUGAAGCGGAUCCGGGACUUUGCGGGGACGGCAGCAACAGGAGGACACGUACGCGGCAGGUUUCAGCACCUCUCCGACAGGAAGGACUACUUCAAACUUGCUUCAUCGGCCAGGAGAUCGGAGGGCUUCAACUUCGUCAUGGACCAGAGCGUGUACGACGAGAUGGAGGCGAUGACGAAGGGGAAUCACACAAUCCACCCAAAGAAUUUGGAGGACACGGGGGCGCCGCGGGGGGUUCAGAUGCUGGCAGGUGCGGGGGCUGGAGGGGAAUCCAUGGGCAGUAAGGAGGGAGGGGAGCCUGUCGACGAAGAGCAGGGGCCGACGAAAGAUUCGACAUUCAGCGCCAGGAGCGUCGGCGGUUCUGGGAAAAGGAAGAACAUGCGACAACAAACCUUUGAGGCCGUAGCCGAGGUCAUGGAUAAACAUGGAACGCUCAUGGCAUGCACCAUGGACAGCGCAAGCAAGCGACAAUGCUCUAUGAUAUUACGACAGUGCGAAAUCCUUGAGAGCGAAGUGGAAGUGCAGAGGAAACAUUAUGCUGCGGCGGCUGAGGCAUCGUGACGCCCUUAUGGAGAUAGUGAAAGCCAUCCGCGAGAGAUCAUGACGACACUACUAUUUAGUGUCACUUUAGUGUCCUUUCUCU